UUAUUUUAAAUAUAUUCCUCUGAUCCUAUCCCGUAAUUCCCCGGUCUUCAUUUUAUUUCCUGUUGUUUCCCUAACUUUAUUUUACAAAGUGCAACUUACUUUAUAAACUGUCUAACCAAAAACGUUGACAUUGGCAGAUGCGCAAACCGCGCCUUGCCAGAGAGAGAGAAGCAAAUCCGUCAACUGUCACUGCAGCUUCUAAAAUCUGUAUUUCGCAUUGUGAUAUUUGUGACAAAUGUAACGGUAACCUAAAAGAUAAAACUAAACCGCCAAAUAAAAUACAAUUUAUUUGAAAAAUUUAAAUAUAUUUCCUCAUUUCUGAAUAUGAUUAAUAUAUUGAGUUAAUUUCAAGUGUUUGUCUAAUUUUAAUUAAUCUACAAUUACAAAUAUUUAGUUAUGGAGUUUCUCGAUGCUAUGCCAGUAGUUUUCAAAGAAAUUACACCGAAUAACAACAUUCCUGAAAAAUGGAAGGAAGUUAUUUUGAAUACAGGUGGAACACACAGCACCUUGCAGGAUAUAAAGCUACCUCAAAAAGCUGGUGGCUAUUGGUACAAGGAUUCUACAAAACUAUACACUAGAAAUCGUUUUAUUUACUGGCAAACAACUUCAGAUGCAAUAGAAUUGUCAGAAGCUUCCUUAGAUGUGAAUCUGUCUGGAGCUAACCUGCGAUGUAAAGUGGCUCCGGGUACCCCUCCCCUGACCAGCAUAUCAGUGUAUGAACGGUUCUCCACACAUCAUGUGGUUGUGCUUGCUGCAACUGUGUCAUCUGUCCAUAGAUUGAUAUUUCCGCAUCCUAUGGUAUUGGAUAGGAAGUCUACAUUUGGUUCUUUGAGCAGCUCUUCACCAUCUAUAUUUCAUGACGCCAGUGCUAUAAACAAUCCAAACAAUUAUUAUAUUCUUAAUCAAUAUUCAAAUGCUGCUAGUGGAGUAGCGCAUACAUGCGCUUCCCAUUUACGCGAUAAUGGUGAAGCGGUAUUCGCACUCGCGUUCGGUCACAGCGGUGAGGGUGGGCUGCUACUGGUUAAACUUCCUGUCGCGGGAUCAGCUGUCACCACUCUUCUCAAACGGGAAUCAACUGUGCCACGGUUUUUGUCAGGAAUUACUGGUGCACUUAGGGGCAAGAGCAGUGAUGGUGUUGAAACAUAUGGAGUGGUGUUAACUAAUGGUCUGGCGGUGGCUAUAUGUGGCGACACUUGCCUCCGAGCAUGGCCUCUUGAUGACAGCGGUACUCCUAUUGCUGUAUCGACCACACUUUCGCAAACCGAAGUUAGGCCGAAACCUCCGCCUCAUGGCCACAUGCUGCAAAAGACGACAGGACCAGAUGGAAGUAUGUUACUGGUAGCAUACCUGUCGUUCCCUAAUGAAUGCGAAUUCGUUGUUAUGAAAAUGCACGAUGGUGGCGCUGGCGCUGUAAAAUUUUCGCACAUCUGUCGUAUUUUCGGGCCCCAGUUAGAUCUUUUGGAUUAUACAAUCGGGUAUGGCGAUGGCAGUAACGUUAUAUGGGCUCUUUGGAGCCAACCAGAUGGUGAUACGAUUAUUACAAGCAGCGCCAUCGGCGUGGAAGUGUCAUGGCGCGCGGUGGCCGGGCGGGAACCACCGCCGCCGCUGCCGCAGCUCUCGCACCACCAACAGUACCGGGACAGGCUACUGGCGCCGGGACUGUUUCCAAGUUCCGUUAUUAGGAAAGCGCUCGCUAUAUACAACCGAACAUGGGGUGGUAUUGAUACCGCAACAGAAGGUGAAUUGGGCGAAAGCGCAAUGACGGCUGUACAAGCGCGGCUUCGCCAUCUAAGCGCCCGCAUGUCAAGUCCGGAUCAAACACAUCUCAUGCACAAAUGCUGGUCAGAUCUAUAUAGCUGGUGUAUGCAAUACAUGGAGGGGUUACAGAAACCACUCGGUCUGAUGGUGUCUAAACCGGGAUUGAACGGCGACGGCGGGUGGUGGUGCGCGGUGGUGCGGCGCGCGGGCGUCUCCCUCGUGUGCGAGCUGGAGCCGCUGGAACGGAUGAUGUUGUCGCCGGAGACGUCGCUGCUCGAUAUGGAUUCAGGCGGCGGCGGGUCGCUGUCGCGGGCGGCGCUGCGCGUGGUGAUGGCGGGCGCGCGGUGGGAGCGCGGCGCCACGGCGGGCGCGGCGGCGGAGCUGGAGCGGCGCGUGUUCGCGUGCGCCGCGCCGCAGCACCGCCUGCUGCCGCGCCUGCUGCACCUGCUGCGCGCGCCCGCGCACCCGCACUCCUCGCCCGACUCCAGCGCGCUGCACGAACCGCAUCCUCCGCCGAUGCUAAGUCCCCAGCAGAUAGACGAACUCUCGACUAUACUGGAACCGAUUCAGGACCUGCAGAAUGCGGUGCUAGAGCUAAACGAUGCGCUCCGACUUGACGUGCCGGAGAUCGACACUUCGAAGAGUGACGAAGAGGAAAAUGACGAGUACGAAACCUUGUUUGCUGGAGAUCUCGGUGUCGCUGUCGUCACUGAAGCUAUCCGACAGAUGGCCGAAAUGAGGUGCCGCGUGGUGCGCGGUGCGUUGGCGGCGCUGGCGCUGUCGCGCGGCGCGGGCGACGUGCCCGGCGCCGGACACUGCGCCGUGCACUGGCAGGCCUACCGCGCGCUGCUCUGGCUGCGGGCUGCCACGUUGCAUCCACCCGCGGCGGGUUCAUCCGAGACGUUCCGUCUGAAGAUGAGCGCGUUGGGCGCGGAGUGGUCGGAGGCGCCUGCGGGCGGGGCCGCGGCGGGCGCGGGCGGCGCGGUGCACGCGUACUGCGCGGGCGCGGGCGGAGCGCGCGCGCGGCGGCAGCUGGCGGCGGCGCGCGCGCCUCACGCCUGGCACCAGGCGCUGCCUCUCUUCGCAUACCAUCUCGCACACCAACUCUGGGCAGUGAGCGGCGGCUUUGAAUUCGGCUGGUGGCUGGCGAGGGCCAACCAGCCCAGACUAGUGCAGAACUACGUGCUGUUACUGGAGCCUUGGUGCGAGUGGAACGCUUGCUCACGCCAAUUCAUCUUGGGGCUCGCGCUGCUUGAAAUGGAGGACGCGGAGGGCGCGUACGCGGCCUUCUGCAAGGCGGCCAAGGGCGUCAGCACCGAGCCCUUCCUGCGGCAACUCGUGGCGCCGCGCGACCAGCGCCUCACGCACCACCAGGCGCUCGUCCUUUACUACUUGAAGGUCAUAAAAUUAUUUGAAAUCCACGACGCGGGCGCUUGUGUCGUCCGUCUUGCCGAAACAGCAAUCAGUAUCGCAGACAGCGACGAUCCUAACUUGGCGAUGUUCCAGUGGGUGGUGUUCAAGUGGCACCUGAGCGGCGGGCGCACGGCGCGCGCGCUGGCGGCGGCCGCGGCCAACCCCUCCCGCGCCGCGCGCGCCGCCGCCGCCGCCGCCGCGCUCGCCACGCUCGGCGCGCGCGGGGAGCUGGGCGCGCUGGCGUCGUGCGCGGCGCUGGCGGCCGAGGCCGAGCGCGCCGCUGCGGGCCGCGCCAAGCUGCACGACGCGCUCGACCACAACCCCUACUACGACUUCCUCUACGCGCUGCACCUCUCCAGGCACCACUACCGAAAAGCGGCGGCGGUGUUGUACGAGCGCGCGGCGCGGUGCGGUGCGGAGCGCGGCGCGGAGGGCGGCGCGGCGCGGCGGCGGUGGCUGGCGGGCGCGCUCACGUGCCUGCGCCUCGCCAAGCCGCAGCACGCCUUCAUCGCGCGGCCCGCCACACACCCGCGCCUGCCUUCCCUGCAGGUGAUUGGUCCUGAAGAAUUAGCUGCAGAACUUCGUGAAGAGGAUCCAGAUUCACUGGACAUUGUGCAGCAGGCGCUAUUAAAGGGCGAUAAUAUAGAUUUCAACAAGUUGUACACAAAGCUAAAGGACGCCGACCCCGACACGUUGCUGGCGGUAACGAAGCGAGCUAUAAGCACUGGUCAAUUCCUGCCGCGAUGGUUCCUCAUGAGAUACAUGGCGGUGGACGGCGCGGGCAUGGUGCGCGCGCUGCUGCAGGGCGGGCGCGCGGAGGAGGCGAGCGCGGCGUGCUGCGGCGCGCUGCGGCAGGCGCUCGCCGCGCUGGCGCCCGCCGCGCCGCUCGCGCCGCCGCGCCCCGUCUCCGCGCCGCUCGCCUGCGCCGACCUGCUGCUCGCAGAGCUUAGCCACCACAUCGACGACGCAGCUAUAAAAGAGGUUUACGAUGAACUGGAUUCACUGGUAAAGGAAUACACGCAAGCGGUUGUCAGAGCAUCAGAAAAUAUGAAAAUGAUUAAAAGUGUUGCGUAAUUAAUUUGUGAAUUGAAAUAAAUAGUUUGUAAGCAUUUUUAUUAACAAAAAAUAAAAUAAAAUAACAAAUAUACCCGCAACAAAGGAA